CCUACAUGGACAAUUCAUAAUUUAAAGCAAGACAUAAAGGCAGCAAAUUUGUCUCUGGAUUCACUCUGCUCAGAAAACAACAAUAAGUUUUUCAAAAGACAUCACUACUACACAACCUCAUUUCAAAAUGAAGGCUUUCAUCUGGACUUUAGGUGUGCUAUUCUUCUUAUUAACGCCCACUGGACGAUGCACAAAAGGACAGUACAAAACCAAAAAAAUAACCCAGAGGAGGUACCCUCGUGCAGCAGACGGUAGAGAGGAAGGAAAGAAAUGUGGUUACACAUUCUUGGUACCUGAACAAAAAAUAACAGGGCCAAUUUGUGUCAACACCAAAGGGCAAGAUUCAGGCAACGUAAAAGACAUGAUCACAAGGAUGGACAUAGAGAACCUGAAGGAUGUACUCUCCAAGCAGAAGCGGGAGAUAGAUGUCUUGCAGUUGGUCGUAGAUGUAGAUGGAAAUAUUGUGAAUGAGGUAAAGCUGCUGAGAAAAGAAAGUCGUAACAUGAACUCCCGGGUCACUCAACUCUAUAUGCAACUCUUGCAUGAGAUUAUUCGAAAGAGGGAUAAUUCACUUGAGCUUUCCCAAUUAGAAAACAAAAUCCUCAAUAUCACAACAGAAAUGUUGAAGAUGGCAACAAGGUACAGGGAGCUAGAGGUGAAAUAUGCUUCUCUGACUGACCUUGUAAAUAAUCAAUCAGUAAUGAUCACUCUGUUGGAGGAUCAGUGUCUGCGGAUAUUUUCCAGACAGGACACCCAUGUGUCUCCACCUCUUGUUCAGGUGGUGCCACAGCGUAUUCCUAACAGCCAACAGUACACUCCUAGUUUGUUGGGAGGUAAUGAGAUACAAAGAGACCCAAGCUAUCCUAGAGAUCUAAGGCCGCCACCUGAUCCUGCAACUUCUCCCACCAAAAGUCCUUUCAAGAUACCUCCAGUAACAUUCAUCAAUGAAGGACCAUUCAAAGACUGUCAGCAAGCCAAAGAAGCUGGUCAUUCUGUUAACGGCAUUUAUAUGAUCAAACCUGAAAACAGCAAUGGGCCGAUGCAGUUAUGGUGUGAGAACAGUCUGGAUCCUGGGGGCUGGACUGUUAUUCAAAAAAGGACAGAUGGGUCAGUCAACUUCUUCAGAAACUGGGAAAAUUAUAAGAAAGGAUUUGGAAACAUUGAUGGAGAAUACUGGCUGGGCCUGGAAAAUAUCUAUCUGCUCACUAAUCAAGAUAAUUAUAGGCUGUUAAUUGAAUUAGAAGACUGGAGUGAUAAGAAAGUCUAUGCAGAAUAUAGUAGCUUUCGCCUGGAGGCUGAAAAUGAAUUCUAUAGACUACGCCUAGGAACUUAUCAAGGAAAUGCAGGGGAUUCCAUGAUGUGGCACAAUGGGAAACAGUUCACUACGCUGGACAGAGACAAAGACAUGUAUACAGGAAACUGUGCCCACUUUCACAAAGGAGGCUGGUGGUACAAUGCUUGUGCACAUUCUAACCUGAAUGGAGUGUGGUACAGAGGUGGUCAUUACCGAAGCAAGCACCAAGAUGGGAUUUUUUGGGCUGAGUACCGAGGAGGUUCAUACUCUCUGAGGGCAGUUCAAAUGAUGAUCAGACCAAUUGAAUGAAGAGGAAACCUUCCAUUUAAUGAACACAAAAUUUUAAUGCUCUAGUUUCCAAGAUUUUAAAUGUUAAGUGUACAUUUUUAUUUUGCACAAUUUAUACCUGUAAAUGCAGGACUACAAUUAUUUUUAAAACUAUUUUUAACUGUGAUACAAAAAAUUAUGCUUCUCAUGAAUUAACAGGGCUUAAAUAUAUGUGUGUGUGUGUAUGUAUGUGUGCAUGUACUGCAAAUGGUUACUUCUUG